AUUUUAAUUAGAUUGAAUAAAAUGAAAUGGUGGGUGCUCUUCUGGUUGGUGGUGGGCAGAUGCAUGGCUCACGUACGACUCACCUUUCCACCGGCUCGCUAUCCCAGUACCGACUACUACAACUCCUACAACAGUCGUACGCCAUGCGGUUCCCCCAAGCCAUCACUUGGGACAGGCUUGAGAACAUUUCUGAAGGCCGGUUCUACAAUCGAUCUUCAAUGGUCCACGGGACUUCCUCAUAUGGGAGGGAUUCGACUCGAAGUACUGAACUCGCUCGACGAGCCCAUAGCGAUCUUCACAAAUUUCCUUGACCCCUAUAAUGUCACGUAUGCUCACAUCGUCCUGCCGCCAGGAUUCGAAUGCGCCAACUGUGCGAUCAGAAUCACCCAUCAAGCCACCGAAUACGGCAAUGACUACUUUUUCUACAGUUGCGCUGACGUGAACAUUCUUAAAGAAAUUCCCGAUGGCGACACAUGUUUAUCGCACGGAACAAGAAAGAACGGCGUUUGUCACUGUCAGCCGAAUUUUUUCGGCGAUCAGUGUCAGUUUGAAGCGGAAUGCUCGAGCGACGACGAUUGUGGUGUGCAUGGAUUGUGUCAGACCAACCCCAACGACGGUGUGAGAGAGUGCUUCUGUCCUGGAGGCCGAUUUGGCGAGAAGUGCCAGAAGGAAAGUACGGCUAUUCGCUCCGCUUCGGAAUUUGACGAGACGCUUUACAGCCUGAAGGAAGUCGAAGACAACAAAAUUUACUGGCGUAUCUUGAAUGAUGAGAUCGAGAUGGUACUACGAUAUCCUGGACAGUCUUGGAUGGCCAUCGGCUGGAAACCACAACAUUUCGAGUGUCCUCUGCGCACUACCACUAUUGGGACUACAACCAUGAGAUCUUCUUCAUCGACCACCGUCGUCUUCACCAAUGAAACCAGUAGAGAUGACUGCGGCCCGAACGAGCAGUGGUCAUCAUGCCCGGAGAUGUCAAGAGAUUGUGAACCAUCCUGCGACUGGACGAAAUUUCCAGAAACAAUCCCCAAUUGUCCUCGUUCAUGCGGUACUGCCAGAUGUGUAUGUAAGGAAGGAUUUGUUCGAAUGAACAACGACGAGGGAACUUGCGUUCCUUUCGACUUUUGCGACAAAGAGGCCGAGCCGUCCUGUCCUGCGAAUUCCACAUGGGCUAAGUGCGGUGUGGCAUGUGAACCAAGCUGUGCCAAUAUGUACGAUACCGCACCCUGUCCAGCUACAUGUGAGCAGUCCGCCUGCACUUGUGCUGACAAUUACGUUCGCCAUGAAGGACACUGCAUCUACUGGGGAGACUGUCCCGGUUCCGUGAAGACGACGACAACGACAACGUCGAGCUUCGAGAAUCUGACGUGUGCAGUGAACGAGACAGUCGCCGAGUGUGGCAAAGCAUGUGAGGCGGACUGUGUGACGAUCUUCACCCGUACCGACUGCGACGACUGUGGAACCCCUGCCUGCACCUGCAUGCAGGGCUAUGCCCGAAACUCGCAGGGCGUGUGUGUCUACUGGGGAGAUUGUCCCACUCACCCAACCACCACUAUUUCGACAACCUCUCAAAUUUCAGUAGGAGGCGAUGUUUGCUAUGGUGAUUUCCGAUUUCCGACCGGUUGCUCGGACUGCGAUUACAAAAUUACAUGGAACUACGUGGACGAAUCAGACGAAAUCGAAUUCUCCCUCGAAACAAAGCUCCAGUCAAAUUCAUGGACUGGGCUCGGACUCAGCAAGGAUGGCUCCAUGAUAAUGGAUGCCGAUAUGCUCAUUGUGAAAUCCAUUGGUGGUGUUCUCAGCCUGCACGAUAUGUUCAGCGACGGCUAUGGAGCUCCGACAAGAGAAGAACAACAAGAUUUGUUCACUCCAAACGUGAUCGGAACUCAUGCGAAUGGAGUGCUGCGAGCUCAAUUUAUGCGAAAAAGAAACACUGGGGACAAGAAGGACAAGUCGUUUAGCAACGAAUGUUGGAGGAUGAUGUUUCCAGUGUCUGGAGGAAAGCUUGACGAAAGUGGAAAUAUCACGGUUCAUACUAACACACCCUUGGUGUCGGAGAAAGAAGUCUGUAUAAGGAGCUGUAGAGAGCAGAAGAAAAACAAUAGUGACAAGCCAAUUUGCGAGAAUUCCUUCCGAUAUCCGCCCAAGUGUUCCGGCGAUGAAUGUGAGUAUGUGGCCUCGUGGACCUAUGACAGCACCAAGGAUGACGUUCGCUUCCAGAUUUCUAGUAAGAACAUUGGUCGAUGGACCGGAAUCGGAUUCUCCAAGGACGGUCAGAUGACGAACUCGGAUAUAUACACUGGUUGGGUGUUUGAAGGCAAAGCCUUCGUAACAGAUCGUUUUGCCUACGGAAGGCAACUUCCUGCCAUUGAUCCGGCAGACCGCCAAAAUAUUUAUGAUAUCGGAGGAAGAAUCGAAGACGAAACACAGACGUUCUGGUUUCGUAGACCCGUUCAUUCGAAAGAUCAACUCACAGAUUUUCCACUCGAUCAGUGUUGGUACUUCAUGUUCCCUGUUGGUGGCGGGCGAGUUCUAGCAAGGAAAAGCAGUGACUUCACCAAUCCGAGAACUCCCAUUGGUUAUCAUGAUUUGUACCAACCACGAAUUUCCGACAAGAAAAUUUGCAUCUGUGACGCUAGUGGAAAACAAAUUUCCACACGACUACGCAAACGAAGGGAAGCGUUGAAUCUUAUAUUCUUCCAAAUGAGGCCUGUCAUAGCAACAUGGUUCCACUCCAUUAAGGCUACUCCGCGAUCGGAUUCAACUUUCGGUGGGAGUGAUUCUCUUACAGCUGCUGCAGCAUUCAACGAAGACGGAAUUACGACGAUGGUGUUUCGAAAAAAACUGAAAGCCACUGAUAAAUGGGAUCAUUCCAUAGAGGGACCGAUGACUGUGAUUUGGGCCAAAGGUGUCAAGCCGAGCAAUUACCAACACACAACAGGAGGUCCACCAAUCCAAGCCGAUCCUAAUUUUUUUACCAACAACGCACUCAAAUACCAUGGUCGUAAUCAGCGUGGAAUCCUUACCAUCGACUUUUUACAAGAACCGAGGAACGAAAAACUUAUCCACGGUCUGCACAUCGAUGCGUCGACUUGUUCGGGAAGCUAUGCCUUCCCAGCUAAUUGUUGCCAAUACGUCGUCAAGUGGAUCAGUGACGGAGAAGUGGCUCGUUUCAGUGUGAAGGUUGCUUCACAAUGGGUUGCAGUUGGCUUCUCUCCGGAUGGAUUGAUGGCCGGAUCCGAUGUGAUAGUUAUCAGACUGGAGCCAGAGAAAGAAGUCACCGUAACAGAUCAGUUUAUGGUCGACUAUGGACGUCCUGUGGUGGACGAACAGCAAGAUAUAUUCGAUGUUGAGACGUCAUGGAAUAGUGGAAUUCUUGUGACAAACUUCUCUCGCGAAUUGUACAGUAAAGAUCAGAAUGACAUCGACUUAAGAAAGUGUGUUCAUCUACUGUUCACGCCAACUGCGAAUAUAAUCGAACCAAAUAGUGAGAUCAGGAAGCAUGGAGAGACACCAAUCGCCAGUAAAACGAAGGUUGGAAAUCUCGAACGUUGCAAUAUGCGCCAGUCAUUGACGGUCAAACCUGAACCGAAAGACGAGAGUAAGGAAGUCAAGGAGGUGGUGACGCCAAAACCGAAGCAACACAUAGAAUCAUCACCGAGGACAACAACAAAAGUUCUCAUUCCACCUGUCAUCAAAGCGUCGCCUCCAUUCGUUGUAUACGAACCGACAGAGCCAGUUAAAUCUCGUUACGUUCUUCGCGUUCGAAUUCUCAACAAGAUGUACGUUCCAGCGUUGGCUGAUCCACAGUCAGAAUACUACCAAAGCUUUACAAAGACGGUCACCUCCGUCAAUGGGCUGUUGGCGAAGCGAUGGAAGGGUAUGCAAGUGUCGAAGCUUUUGGGCUACUAUAAAGGAUCUGUAAUUGUAGAAUUUGAAGUGGUCUCUACGGCUGAUGUUCCUCGUCCUAUCGAGAUAAAGAGUCUCGUCGAAGAAAAUGCUAUUCGUGGAAAUAUUGGUGACUUGAGCAUCGAACCGAGCACCAUCAAGGCGAAUCUCGCCGUUACAGCGUCCACCAGCAAGGAAGACGAAAUGCACGGAACAGCCUAUGUACGAAAUUUGGUGGUCAUAGCUGCUUCCACACUGCUGCUUCUGUUCGCUGUUCUUUGUACUUGUUGUCUUCUCUGUCGUGUACGAAGGACAUCAAGAUUUGUAAGUGUACUCCUUAGCUCUAUUUUAGCGAAGGCACCUGCUGGAUUCGAUAACGCCGCAUUCCACACUCACCAACGUCACUACUCGCAAGCCACUACCGCUUCUACGAAGCCUAGCGGAAGCCCUCCGUCGGCCGAUGGUCUCGAUGCAACACCUGUAGGUAUAGGAGAAACCACCUAUCACGAGUGGUACUCGAAGGUUGGUUCGAAACCUGCUUCUCAGCAGCACGAAGAAGCGAUGGCCGUCCUCCGCCCGCCGUCGGCCACACCGUACGUUUCUUACCCGAACGAUCCCUCCGGGUACUACACCCUAGGUGGUGAGCAUCGAACGGGAUCGGCAAACAAACAUGUAAGAUCUCCGUUCUGA